AUGGCAGACCUAGAGGCGCUUUUGCAAUUUAACAGGAAGCGAGUCUCUAACGAGAUGAUAGACUUUCUAGCUGCGACUACAAACUCGGUGAUCCACGUUCAAAGCCAAGAUCGCAGUCCGGGAGGAGACCACCCACUCGUAUCACUUACAGAAUUCAUCCGUGGUCUGGUAAUCCACUCGAAUGUGCAAACACCAACUUUGAUGUCAACUGCCGUUUACCUGGCCAAACUUAGAGCCAUUAUCCCAGCAACCGUUCACGGCAUCGAAACCACGCGUCAUCGGAUUUUUUUAGGCUGUCUGAUAGUGGCUGCCAAGAAUCUCAAUGAUUCCAGUCCGUUGAACCGUCAUUGGGCAUCGUACACCAACGGUCUAUUAGAUGCCCGAGAGGUUAAUACUCUGGAACGCGAGCUGCUUGAGUAUUUUGAUUGGAAUAUUCGGAUCACCAUGCAAGACUUACUCACCUGUCUUGCGCCAUUUCUGGCUCCCAUCAAAGCUCAAAUUCUGGCCCAACGACAAGAUCUAUUGUAUUUCAAUCUCCCGACACUACACCAGUCCAAAGCCGCUUAUCAGAGCGACGUGCAGUCCCGUUCUUCGAGUAGCAAGUCAAUCCCGUCGUUGUUCUCCAGCGCUACCAUUUCCACAAUGUCUACGAAAGAUUCGCGUGAAUCGGGGAGAACACCACUACUUUCGAGCUCACGGUCUGCACACAUGCAUCGCAUUGAAGAAGAGAGCUAUAACUACCACCAGCCGAAGUUGUCAACCUCAAGAUCUGAAAAGAUUCGGGUGGCUAGGCCGAUCAUAAUCAAGAGUGGGCUGCCUACGCCAGUUGAACAUUCGUCAAAGCGGUUUGGCAUGAGAUCGGACUUGGUUUCAAUGUUCAGGUAA